CUUUCACAAAGAAAGACACUUAUCAAUUAAAUUCAAAAUUAAACACUAUUCCCCCCAAUUAUGGUUAAGGUUGUGGAGGACAUUUUCGGGAUUGCGACCAAUCCGUUCACCAAGCGGGCUCAGGUGAUUCGUCGCUAUACAAUCACCAACACCAACCGCCUGUCCGUGUCCAUCAUUCAGUUGGGGGCCACAAUCCAGAGCAUCCAGGCUCCGGAUGCCUAUCACCAGUUGUCGGAUGUGGUCUUGGGAUUCGACGACAUAGCCGGUUAUGUGAAGUACAGAAACUACAAGUUCGGUUGCACACUUGGCCGGGUCACCGAUGUGGUGGGCAACGGAGAGUUCAUCAUGGACGAGCGACGGGUGAUUGUGUCCAAGAAUCUGGGCCACAAACACCAGAUGAACGGUGGCUUCGUGGGCUUCGACCAGGUCAUUUGGGAUCUGUAUAUGAAGCGACCGGAUGGCGUUACAUUGCGGCAUGUCUCGCAGGAUGGACACGAGGGUUUCCCCGGCACCCUGAGCAUAUUCAUUCACUUCACCAUCGACGAUGACAAUCGGUUCUUCAUACGCAUCGAAGGCACUACGAACCAGACCACGCCGGUGAAUAUAUCCAAUCACAUUUACUUCAACCUAGCCGGUCAGACGACUGGUAUCAAGGGUAUAUUCGAUCAUCAGAUCAAUAUUGAAGCUAUGGAAACGAUGGAUACCUCGGGUGGCGAUGGAAUUCCCACGGGGAAGUUCAAGAGCGUUAAUGAUUCCGUAUACGAUAUCCGAUUACCGGUUUUCAUGGGCGAUCGAGUGCGUCAGUUUGUGGAGAGACCGGUGAAGGGCUACGAUGUGUGCUAUGCCCUCGAUAAGGAGUUCGAUUCCAAUAUAACUCGUUAUGUGGGCAGAUUUCUGCAUCCGGAAUCGGGACGCUUCAUGGAGAUCUUCAGUAACCAGCCGAGUGUUAAAUUCUCCACUGCCAAUAAUUUCCCACAGGAACCCCUUGGCGAUGAGCCCAUUUUGGGUAAAAAGUGCACCCGCUAUUGGCAGCAUUGUGGUUUUAGUUUGCAACUACUCAACUAUCCGGAUGCUGUUAAUCAGCCGGAUUUUCCACGCAUCUUCAUCAAUCCGGGGGAGCAUUACUUCCAUGAGACCAUCUAUCAUUUUGGUGUUCAGGAAUCGUGGAAAUGUUGUGCAGAUCCCGAGGAACUGGAGGCCCUGGGCGAAGAACCACUGAAACGACCUUCAGUUCACUGAUUGCUUGUGGAGGAAAGCUUUUUGAGAAGCGCGGAGAAGGGCCCUCUUUUUUGAUAAGUCCCAUGACAGGCGUAAUGAAGGUGUGUUUUGUCAUUUUGGUACAAUUGUGAUUGAUUUGGGUAUAUUCAGAGAAAAUUCCAAGGGACUUGAUAAAGUAUAAUGUAUUUCUAAUGGCAAUAAAUUGCUUUAAAUCUUAUUUCGGUAUUUGCGUAUAAUUUCCAAUAAGUUAUGGAAAGGAAAACAUAAUCAAGAGCCUAACAAACGUCAGGAACUUGUGCUCGUGUGGUUAAUUGAACUGAAUGUUUGCCAGUAAAUGCUUCACAUUUCCUGGAAACUCAUGGCGUAACCAGUGCUUGUGAAGGCCAAAUGAAAACGACCUCGACCAUUCACCGAAUUAUCAAUUUGGCCUGCUCACUGGGGCAUUGGCAAAUGUAUCUCUCUUCAGUUCAGAUGAAAGAUUUGCAAAUAUGCCAAAAAAAAAAGAAGGCCGAAGAAAAAAAGAAACAACGCACUUGGCUCGCUGGAAACUCGACGUUUAUAAAGCUCAUCGAGCGACCCUCGAACAUGAAAAUGCUGCUAA